UCUGGUGAGAGAGAGGCGGGGCAGGAUGUGUCACGUGGGUCCCACUCCCGCCGCCGCGGCCGCCUUCGUCUUUCUCUGUCUCGACUGAGGCAGCCAUCUUGCUCUUGCCGCGUGCUGGUGUUGGAGGACCCUCCCUGCUUCAGAUUUACCAACAGCAUGAAUCAAGAAAAGUUAGCCAAACUUCAGGCUCAGGUCCGGAUAGGGGGCAAGGGUACAGCUCGCAGAAAGAAGAAGGUAGUACAUAGAACAGCUACAGCUGAUGACAAAAAACUUCAGAGUUCUCUAAAAAAACUGGCUGUGAAUAAUAUAGCUGGUAUUGAAGAGGUGAACAUGAUCAAAGAUGAUGGGACAGUUAUUCAUUUCAACAAUCCUAAAGUCCAAGCUUCCCUUUCUGCCAACACCUUUGCAAUUACCGGCCAUGCAGAAGCCAAACCAAUCACAGAAAUGCUUCCUGGAAUAUUAAGUCAGCUUGGUGCUGACAGCUUAACAAGUCUUAGGAAAUUAGCUGAACAGUUCCCUCGGCAAGUGCUGGAUAGCAAAACCCCAAAACCAGAAGACAUUGAUGAGGAGGAGGAUGAUGUUCCAGAUCUCGUAGAAAAUUUUGAUGAGGCAUCAAAGAAUGAAGCUAACUAAGAUCUUUUCUGAUUUUUGGAAGCUGGCAUGGACUAGAUUUAACAAAUCAGCUAUGUGGUUCCAAAGUUUUACAGACACGGAGAACAUCAACUGUUACUAGUUCAGUAAUAUAAAUAUUUUGUAUAUUGAUAAUGCUGUUUGUUCAGCAUUUUUUGGUCAUUAAUUUUGCAUUUUGCACUUCCUCCCAGGAUCUAUUCUUUUGGACAAAAUACGAAGUGUUGGUGCAGUUUGAGGGUCUUUUGGUUUUUGAUUCUUGGUUUUUUUGUUUUUUGUUGGGGUAUUUUAGGUGUGUGUAUGUGUGUAUGUGUGUGUGGGGGUAUGUAUGUAUACAGUGGAGAGCAAAUUGGAAACCAGUUUUAUUUAUCCUCCUCCUACCCCAGUAGAAAUAAAACAAAUCUUUACAUUU